AGGCCUGCUUCCUCUUCUUCGGUGGACAUUGGAGGAGGACCCAUUGGGCCAUCAGAAUGGAAGUGUGGGAAGGACGUCGACUGAUGCAAGAGCCCGAGUGAGACCCACCCACUCGCCAGCGCAGGCCCCACCAUGCGCUUAUGUCUACCUUCUGUGCUGUAAUUGCUGAGGGCCUGUGAACACGCCGGAGCACAAUGGCUCUCUUUACUCCCUGGAAGUUGUCCUCUCAGAAGCUGGGGUUUUUCCUCGUGACUUUUGGCUUCAUUUGGGGCAUGAUGCUCCUGCACUUCACCAUCCAGCAGCGAACUCAGCCUGAAAGCAGCUCCGUGCUGUGCGAACAGAUCCUGGACCUCAGCAAAAGGUACAUCAAGGCGCUGGCAGAUGAAAACAGGAAUGUGGUGGAUGGGCCCUAUGCUGGAGUCAUGACAGCUUAUGAUCUGAAGAAGACCCUUGCUGUGUUGUUGGAUAAUAUUUUGCAGCGCAUUGGCAAGUUAGAGUCGAAGGUGGACAAUCUCGUAAUUAAUGGCACAGGAACAAACUUGACCAACUCCACCACAGCUGUUCCCAGCUUGGGUGCACUUGAGAAAAUUAAUGUGGCAGAUAUCAUUAAUGGAGCUCAAGAGAAAUGUGUACUGCCUCCUAUGGAUGGCUACCCCCACUGCGAAGGGAAAAUUAAGUGGAUGCAGGACAUGUGGCGCUCGGAUCCCUGCUACGCAGACUACGGAGUGGACGGCUCCACCUGCUCCUUCUUUAUUUACCUCAGUGAGGUUGAAAACUGGUGUCCUCAUUUACCUUGGAGAGCAAAAAAUCCGUACGAAGAAGCUGAUCAUAACUCAAUGAUCCUCGUUCACCUGGGACUCCUGACCAAGGAAUCUGGAUUUAAGAUCGCAGAGACGGCUUUCAGCGGCGGGCCUCUCGGUGAACUAGUUCAAUGGAGCGAUUUAAUUACAUCUCUGUACUUACUGGGCCAUGACAUUAGGAUUUCAGCUUCACUGGCGGAGCUCAAGGAAAUAAUGAAGAAGGUUGUAGGAAACAGAUCUGGUUGCCCAACUGUAGGGGACAGAAUUGUGGAGCUCAUUUACAUUGAUAUUGUGGGACUUGCACAAUUCAAGAAAACUCUUGGGCCAUCCUGGGUUCAUUACCAGUGCAUGCUCCGAGUCUUGGACUCAUUUGGCACGGAGCCCGAGUUCAAUCAUGCUAAUUAUGCCCAGUCCAAGGGCCACAAGACCCCCUGGGGGAAAUGGAAUCUAAACCCACAGCAGUUUUAUACCAUGUUUCCUCACACUCCAGACAACAGCUUUCUGGGGUUCGUGGUGGAGCAGCACCUGAACUCCAGCGACAUCUACCACAUCAACGAAAUCAAAAGGCAGAACCAGUCCCUGGUGUAUGGCAAAGUGGAUAGCUUCUGGAAGAACAAGAAGCUCUACUUGGACAUCAUUCACAUGUACAUGGAAGUGCACGCAACCGUCCACGGCUCCAGCACCAAGAAUAUUCCCAGUUACGUGAAGAACCACGGUAUCCUCAGUGGCCGGGACCUGCAGUUUCUCCUGCGAGAAACCAAGUUGUUUGUGGGGCUCGGGUUCCCCUACGAGGGCCCAGCUCCCCUGGAAGCCAUUGCAAACGGGUGUGCUUUCCUGAAUCCCAAGUUCAACCCACCCAAGAGCAGCAAAAACACAGACUUCUUCAUCGGCAAGCCAACUCUCAGAGAGGUAAGCUUCGGUCAAAAUACUCUCGGUUCCAGUUACACGGGCAAUAGCUCUUUGUGGAGUGCUCAUCCCUACGCUGAGGUUUUCAUCGGCCGGCCGCACGUGUGGACCGUGGACCUGGACAGCCAGGAGGACGUGGAAGAGGCAGUGAAAGCGAUUUUAAACCAAAAGAUUGAGCCAUACAUGCCGUAUGAAUUCACCUGCGAGGGGAUGCUGCAGAGAAUCAACGCGUUCAUUGAGAAACAGGACUUCUGCCACGGGCAGGUGAUGUGGCCGCCACUCAGUGCCCUGCAGGUCAAGCUCGCGGAGCCCGGGACGUCCUGCAAGCAGGUGUGUCAGGAGAGCCAGCUCAUCUGCGAGCCGUCCUUCUUCCAGCACCUCAACAGGGACAAGGACCUCCUGAAGUACAAGGUGAUCUGCCAAAGCUCCGAGCUGGCCAAGGACAUCCUGGUGCCCUCCUUUGACCCCAAGAGCAAGCACUGUGUGUUUCAAGGGGACCUGCUGCUCUUCAGCUGCGCCGGCGCCCACCCCAAACACCAGAGGAUCUGCCCGUGCCGGGACUUCAUCAAGGGCCAGGUGGCGCUCUGUGGAGACUGCCUAUAGUGGCCAAGGGCCCGGACCAGUGCUGCUGGGGAGGACAGUGGCCAAGGGGCUGGCAGGCGACCUUCAGGGCCUCGCCAGCCCUGAUCUGUGUGGUGGAGGGUCUCGGGUGGGCACAGCUCCUGCGGUCCUCAGACCACCACAGCCGAGGCGCUUCCACGGACGCCAGCCCGGGAGCCGGCCGCAGCGGGUUGACCUUUCCUGAGGAACAACUGCAGGGACCGUGUCAGGGGGGCUGCCCCUGGAGACAAGGGAACUCUGGGGACUCGAUUGGAAAAUAGCAGCAGCUACAGGGAGAAAGGCGCAGGUUGGAAGAACUUCCUGGGGGAGCAUUCCUGA